UUGUGCAAAGAAUAAGCAUGAUUCCGGGAGCAAGAACAGGCGGAAGCCUCUCUGGGAAGUCCGGCCCGCGACGGCGCACCACAAAACCGACUGCUGCAGAGUAAAAGGCUUUGGCCGUGAACAGGUCUUGGUGGAGGCGGGGCGGGGAAGAAGCAUAUGCGCAUGUCCGGAAGUGGCGCCGUGCAGGCGCGUCCCCUUGGCGCCAGAGUGGGUUCCUGGCGCGUGGCAGUGCCUGGGAGGGCAGUUCCUAAGGUCGCGGUGGCGGCGGGUUCAGGUCGUUUUCUCAAGAAGUCGGCAGCGGCUUUUUCACCCAGAUUCUGCUUGAGGCCAAGCUGAGGAGUGGCUGUUGGCUUGGGAGACGGAGCGGAAGAGCCAGCCGGGCCGGCCGGGCGCGAGCUCCGAGGGCCCAGCGGCGCAGGCUUAGACAGGGCCUCGGAGGAGAGAGGCCGGAGAAGGCGUCCUGCCCCGGAUCUGUCAGAGCAGUUCUGCAAAACGGGGCUGGGGCUGCUGUGGAGCGACGGUGACGCCAGAGAACUGCUGGGAGGCGGUGGCGCCAGGUGGCACCCAAUGCUGGAGCCAGGAGUACCACCUUCUUGGGACCCUGCCCUUCCCCAAAAGGAUGACUCAGGAGAAGGAGGAAUGGAUUCUAGUCUCUGCACACCUGGGCCCCAGCUGGCCGGUACAGUGAUCUGAAACCUUGACCUUGGUGUUAACAACACCAAACGCUCCCAAAUGAGCUAACCAGCCAACCCCUAUAUUACUGGAAGAUUGUAUGUCAGUCACCACCCCAGGAAGCCAUUUCUGAAGAAUCAUUUCCGGACACGAGUAUAGAGAUGGCCCCUGGGGAGUCAGAGCACAGAAAGGGUGAACUUGGGAAGAGCUUCAGUCUGAGACCAGUCUUUUCACUACAGCAGACAGUUCCUAAAGAAGUGAGUCCUCACGAACGUGAAACACUCUCUAAGAGAUUUAAGAAUUUACAAGUAAUUAAGCCUCACAGAGCGAGACCGUACACAUGUAAUGUGUGUGGCAAAGCCUUCAGCUACUGUUCUUCCCUUUCUCAGCACCAGAAGAGCCACACUGGGGAGAAACCCUAUGAGUGCAGUGAGUGUGGGAAGGCCUUCAACCAGAGCUCAUCUCUUCUUCAGCACCAGAGGAUCCACACAGGAGAGAAGCCUUACAAAUGCAGUGAAUGCGGAAGAGCCUUCAGCCAGAAUGCAAACCUUACAAAACACCAGCGAACUCACACUGGAGAAAAGCCCUACAAAUGUAGUGAAUGUGACAAAGCCUUCAGCGACUGUUCAGGUCUUGCUCAGCAUCAGCGAAUUCAUACUGGAGAGAAACCCUAUGAAUGUAGCGACUGUGGGAAGGCCUUCCGUCACAGUGCAAACCUCACAAACCACCAGCGGACUCACACUGGGGAGAAGCCCUACAAGUGCAGUGAGUGUGGGAAAGCCUUCAGUUACUCUGCAGCAUUCAUUCAGCACCAGAGAAUUCACACAGGGGAGAAACCCUACAAAUGUAGCACAUGUGGGAAGGCCUUCGGUCAGAGUGCAAACCUCACAAACCAUCAGAGGACUCAUACAGGAGAGAAACCCUACAAGUGCAGUCAGUGUGGGAAGGCCUUCAGCCAGAGUACAAAUCUUAUAAUCCACCAAAAGACCCACACUGGGGAGAAGCCAUACAAAUGUAACGAAUGUGGGAAAUUCUUCAGUGAGAGUUCAGCCCUUAUUCGACAUCACAUAAUUCACACUGGAGAAAAGCCCUACGAGUGUAAGGAGUGUGGAAAAGCUUUUAACCAGAGUUCAUCACUUAGUCAGCAUCAGAGGAUUCACACUGGUGUGAAACCCUAUGAAUGCAGCGAAUGUGGAAAGGCCUUCAGGUGUAGGUCAGCUUUCAUUAGACAUCAGAGACUCCAUGCUGGACAAUAGCUGGGAAUACAGUAGGUGGAGAAAGCCCCAGAUAUGCCAACUCAUAACUCAACGUCUAAAUCAGGUCAGGUGGGUGGGGCUCUCAGAAAAAUGCUGAGAGCUUGAAAGCAUCUUGGGACGUUUGACUUUCAUAGUCUGUAGUGCACAGCCACAUGCAAAAGCACCUCUAAUAAAUACUUGGUCAUGGGCCGACCCCGUGGCUCACUCGGGAGAGUGCAGCGCUGGGAGCGCAGUGGCGCUCCCACCGUGGGUUUGGAUCCUAUAUAGGGAUAGCCGGUGUGCUCACUGGCUGAGCGCGGUGCGGGCAACACCAAGCUAAGGGUUGCGAUCCCCUUGUCGGUCACAAAAAAGGACAAAAAGAUAAAAUAAAAAAUAAAUACUUGGUCACUAUUUUCCACCUU